AUGGCUGCUUCCGGCCGGUUGGUCCUGAUGCUACAGCUCCUCAGCUGGAUAUCAGUCGGCAUGGCCUGUUUCUGUGACCGAUACCCCUGGGGAACCUGGUCCGCCUGCUCCAAGACCUGCAACUACGGUACACAGCACAGACACAGGACAUUUAAUUAUAAGGAGGAUUAUUACUGGAAGAGCAGCUGCCAUCAGCUGUGUAAGAAACAUGACGGGAGAGCUUGUAACCAGCAGAACUGUCCAAUCAACUGCCUGCUGACGGACUUCGGGGCGUGGUCAGACUGCUCGCCGUGCGCCAAGAAACAGCUUCGGACGCGGUCUCUCCAGAGGCCGUCCCAGUUUGGCGGAGCGGCCUGCAGCGUGGAGCUGGCCGAGGAGAGGCCCUGUCACCCCUCCACAGAGUGCAAGUUAGCCCCCAUCGACUGCAGAGGAGACUUUACGUGUGAUAAUGGACGCUGCAUCAACUCAACGCUGACAUGCAACAGGCAGAACGACUGUGUCGAUAACUCUGAUGAAAGAGACUGUAGCGACUUCAAAAUAGUGUGUCCGGUGGAGAAGAGGCUGGUCCCCGGGGUGGACCUGGUUGGAAAUGGCUUUGACGCUCUAGCAGAGGAGCCGAGGGGAGGGGUCCUGGACAACAUGUUUAUGGGAGGAAGUUGCAUCGUCAAGAGGCCUCGGAACACGCUGAUCUACUAUCGCAUCCCUCACAACUUUGAGAGCUUUGACAUUAAGGUCGGACGGCUGGAAGACUUCAACACCGAGCCCCAGCAGCUGCACACAGAGUCCAUCAACAUGAAGACGUCCCGUUCGUCUGUAAACAGACCGCAAAAUAAGAACAGCGUUUUAUUCGCCAUCUUUUACUUGGGCUUGAGUUCUAUGAAGCAUUCCAGCUCGAGCAAGGACGCUUUCGAAGCAUCAAAGAAAACGGACUCCAAAUUUUUCCGGGUGCACCAGGUUCUGCCCGUAUCCACGUUCAAGGUGAGAGACCCGGGGGACCUCGUCUUGUCGCAGCCCUUCCUCCAGUUCCUUCACGCUCUUCCUCUCGAGUACAACUACGCCCUGUACAGGGACAUCUUCCAGCGCUUUGGAACACACUACUACAGCUCAGGGAAACUGGGAGGCAUCUACGACCUGUUGUACCAGUACAGCCAAGAGAAGAUCUCCAGUUCAGGUGUAACGGAAGAGCGCAUCAAAAGCUGCCUGGGCCGAGAUACCAUGUGGACCGUGAUCCUCUACACAGAAUACAGCAGUGUCACCCGAUGCUCCGACGACAGGAUGACUCAGAAUUAUAAAGGCUCGUACAUUCAGGCAGCGGAGAAGUCGUUCUCCAUGGUGAAAGGAGGUCGAACCAAAGAGGCAGCGGCUCUGGCCUGGGACAGGCAGUGCGCCACUCCGGACCGAUUAUCCUACAAGAACUGGGCCAAGUCUGUUCUCGACAACCCUGUUGUGGUAGAAUCCGAGGCACUUCCCAUUAUAGAUGUGGUUCGAGGGAUUCCGUGUGCUGCCACAAAGAGGAGGCACUUGAGGAAGGCCCUGCUUCAAUACCUGGAUGAGUUUGAUACCUGCAAGUGCUCUCCCUGCCCCAACAACGCCAGGCCGGUUCUCUCCGGCACAGAGUGCAAGUGUGUUUGCCAAACCGGCACAUUUGGCUCUCACUGUGAGACACGAGCUCCCGACUUCACUUCAGAGGCGGUGGAUGGUUACUGGAGCUGCUGGGGGCCGUGGAGUCGCUGUGGAGCCUCAAUGAAGAGACAUCGGAGGAGGAGGUGCGAUAACCCCGCCCCCCUCAGAGGAGGCCAACCCUGCGAGGGUCCUGACAGGCAUGAGGAUCCAUGUCACAUCUCCAUCUUUGAAAAACAGGAGUCCUGUGACAACGACGACGACUUCACUGUCGGCUGGAGGGACGAGCUGCCCCCCGGUGUGCAGGGUUGUCUGAGGCCCCAGAGGCCCGCCAACAGCUACCUCAGGAAAGCGAAGCAGUAUUACACCUUUGGUGAGGACGAAGAGUUCCAGUGCUUCACUGGAUUUUCCCUGGAAGGAUUUCAGUACAUCAACUGUCUUCCUGACGGGUCUUGGAGUCAACCGAGCGGAAGCUGCACCAGGAAACUCUGCCUUCCUCCUGAGAUCCCCGAUGGCAUGACGCUGUUCCCCAGCAAAGACCAGUACAAAGUGGGGCAAUCAGUGGGUUUGAACUGUAACGAGGAGAACCUGAUGCCGCAGCCAUCAGGCUUCUACAAAUGCAGCGAAGGUCUCACCUGGGAGCCUCCACUACCUGCUGACCUCCGCUGCACCGACGAGGAGCCAUUUGUUCCGGAGGGGCUGUGUGGUCUCGGAGAGAAACGGGAGGACUCUAAAUGUGUCUGUAUUCAACGGGAGAGCUGCCUCUCACAACCGGAGAAUCUCUGCAUCCUGAACCUGGACGUCGGGGUCACCGUGGCAAUGUCCCUCUGCUCCUUCCAUGGCGGGCGCUGCCACGGCGAUCCGCUCUUCUUCGUCAAUGAGGGCGCGUGUGACGAGGCCGAUUUGGCCAAAUUGGAGUGGGCACAGUUCCGAGCCAACAUGUCCUCUAAGAGCUCUGUUCAGGAGCCAUGUGGCCUGGACACUUGUUAUGAAUGGGAAACCUGCUCCGCAUUUAAGAAGUGUGAGUGCAGAGCGGCUCGGGAUUGCCCCAGAGCUCAAGAGCAAAUGUUCUGUGUGAAGCUGACCAGGACCCAGAGGACUCGCAGCAUGGACUUCUGUUCUGCGGCAGCCCUCAAAUGUUCCCGCUAUCAGAUGGAGAUUCUGUAUGAAGGCGCCUGUGAGUCCCGAUGAUCCUUGA